CCUACAUGUCGGGUCAGACCUAACACUCGCCACUUAUUUUCCUUCUGUCUUGUGGUUCAUCUCCUAUAACUCAGAUAGUCGGUAUUGAUCAACUCGAGAUUUUGCAAAUAAGGUUUACGAAGGUGGUGACUCCAUAAUGAAGUGGACCCUCAUUUUCAGUUUGGUGCUGUUAGCGGUGAUCGGGUUAGACCUCGGACAAGCUACAUACCAUCAAGAUUUCGAUUUGACAGAAGAUGAAUACCUCACACUCAUAUGGAUGUGAUGGAAGAUUCGGACGCUGGGGGCGAUGUUCGUCUGUCUAGCUGGUUCAAGAAAGCUUUCAAUUCUGCAAAGAAAUGGACGAAGAAAGCAGCUAGUGACGCAGGAAAAUGGACUAAGAAAGCGGCCAGCGAUGCCGGUAAAUGGACGAAGGGGGCUUUGAAAGACGCAGGCAAGGCCAUCCAGAAAGGCUGUGGAUACGUCAAUGAGAUUCCUGUCAAAGAACUCGUUUAUCACAGGGCGAGAGAGAUGAGAGAAGAGGACUUCACGUCUGAUGUUAACGAGGAACAGCUAGCAGCUGCUUAUAACGCAUUGAAAGCUGGUUGCAAAGUAGUUGGAAAGUAGUAGAAUCCAUCGAUAUAUUCAUACCAUCUCUCUAUGCAGAGUUGUGGAAAUCCACUCAUAUUAGGAGUUAUAUCAAUGGGAAUCUUCGUUUGGAAAUGGACUCAACUUCAUAACUAGUGGAUUUGACUCCGAAGUCAUAAAAAUAGUGGUUAGAAUUACUAUUUUAUGUUGCAUUUAAAGGUAAUACAAAGUUUUGGUAUGGGGUCAUGAAUUUGGUUCAAAUGAACAUAUUGGAAGCAUAAGUGAUCCUACAAUAUGCAGUGAUCGUUGAUGCGUUUCAACUCAAGUCUAAAGUUAUGAAAUUGUAAAUAAGA